AUGGCAGCGUUGGUACAGACAAUUCCCCAGCAAACUAGCGCGGUUACUGUGCUUCAAACUCGCCCUUCUUCCUCCUCGGGUGUCUUCACAUCUUCUCAGUCUUUACAGCAGCAAAAUUCGCGGAAUCCCACCAUGUCCUGGAAUACAUACAACACCACGGGCAAUUCGGGGGGCUAUAGGGCAGGUCAUCAGGUUGUGGCGCCAUACGCCUUUACCAGCACCCCCAACCUCUCCAAUUCAACGAAUAUGCAAAACCGUCAAUCAUCCUCUCCUCAUAUGAGGCCCGAGCUUCGAACUUCCUCUGCCCCCUCCCUCCCCCAAGGCUCGGUCACCACGGCCCACCCCGGAGUCACUUCGCGUUUCGUCAAUCACCCUGCAGCUGGUUCUGUAUCCACUUCCUCCUCAAACUCUUCCAUUCAAUCCCAUAUGUCUAAAGACGACUCCGCCGUCCCUUCCCGCCAGCUCCGUGGUGACCCUCCUCUUCGCCCCUUAUCCACCGCAAAUCUGCCUUCCCCCACACCUCCAUUCAUGAAUAUUUCCUCCCCUACCGUCGCUCGCCCUUCGCCCGAUCGUUAUCGGCGCGGCGCCCGACGACCAGACGGUACCGGAAACACCCAGUCCGCCGCCGCACCAGUAAAUGGGCCGGGCUCAGCCCGUGUAUCUCCUCCGAUUCUGGAUGAGAACCUACCACAAUCAGGCAAAAGUCUUGCUCCAGAGGCCGCUCGUAACGUGGGCCAUAACAGAGCUCCUAGUGCGGAUGACGUAUCCCGCACAGAGAAACCACAACCGGAACUGGCGAAGAGGUACAGGCGGAGGAGCUGGGGAAAUAUGGAUAACACAGCUCUUAUCAAUCUACAGCUUCAUUUACCCUCAUCAUCCCCGGGUCUGAUAUCCAGCGGUCAAGACUAUUUUGACCAGAGCCGACCCAGAUCCGCCCAAUCCCACCGUGAUGUAUCAGGAAGCACCCACUCUGCUCGUUCCUCUACGUCCUCUGUACAUGAGAGACCGGCUGAUUCUAGUUCCCAAUCUAAAUCUACGACAAAACCAGAUGAUGCAACAACACGGCCAGCCAAGCCGUCACCAUUGUCCAACCCUGUAUCUGCAGAACCUACAUCUUUCGCGAAACCUUCACAGCCGACCCAAAAUCAACCACAAACAAGCAGCCCCGCUUCCCAGCGCCUAGCUGAAAUUACACGGAACGACGCCCAUCGUCCGGCCAAAUCUCGCUUGAGAAGAGCCUUUUCGUUCGGAAGUGCCUCGGAGCUUCUGAAGGCAUCUCCGCAAAAUAAUGUUCACCGCAAGGAUGGAGCCGCCCUGGAGAAGGCCCGUCGGGAGCUACUCCAGGAAGAAUUGGGUCCUGAGCAAGCCGCCAUCGCGGAACAGCAGGAGGCUAGUGGUUUGGGCGAGAGCAUUUAUUCCCAUCACCAGGGCCGUUUCUUCAAUACAUCUACAGACAACUUGUCGGUCUCUUCCACAGCCUCCUCCGCUUCAAUCAUGCUCCGGAAGAUGGGCAAAGGAAUGAAACGAUCCACGCGGUCUCUUGUUGGUUUAUUCCGGCCGAAGUCCGUCAUAAGCACGUCCACGACAGAUGGCAUCGCGGUUCAACCGAUGGCACCCCAGGUCUCUGUGGUGAACAUUGAAGCCGAGAGAAAGAACGUUGCAGAGAAUCCUGAUCCCCAAGAACUUCCUCACAGUGGUACUGUACUUCCCAGGAUGGAAACUGACGUCUCUCCUGCCCCAAAUCAUGAAGAUAAUGUGGAGGCACCUCAAUCGCGUAAAAGCAUUGUUGGGGGAGACAGGGAACGUGCAGAGGUUCUUGCGGCAGUCAGGAAGGGUAUUCUUAAAAAGGCCAAUCCCGAGCUCGUCAACUCAACCACUCUGAAAAUUGCGCCAGUUGAUAAUGGCACCGAUUCGCCCCAUUCCAGCGCCCCGAGCACUCCUGAGGAUCAGAGUCGAACGGGCCUUCGACGUACUGAUGCAGUGAAGAUCGCUGGGGAAGACGAUAUAUCGGAUGGGGCCGGUGCAAGGACGGUUUCUCUCUCUGCGGCCCCUGUAGUCCCCAAGUCCCUCGUAUUCAGCCCCCGGAUCCAGUUCCACGAGACAUGGCCCAGUGGCGAAUAUGAUCGACGGGGAGAUAUUGCAACCUGUAACCGAUUAACACCACUGCUAGCCCAGCAGAUCAAGGAGGAGUUGAACAAUUUCAAAAUGGAGAUGCAAGUUCAUGAAACAUCAAAGAUUUACACCCACUUCCUCUGA